AUGCUAGCCACAUCGACUCAGCCUGCUGUUGCAGGACCGAAUGGGAAGGCGACAUAUCACACAGUCACUGCGCUCAAGCGGUGGUCGUGUGAUGACAAAGAACUACCGCCGGUGUCUGAGAUCAAGUCUAUACAUGUAUAUGACUUCGAUAAUACAUUAUUCGCAAGCCCCCUACCAAAUAAACAAAUAUGGAACAGCGCGACAAUAGGCCAGCUUGGAUCUCCCGACAUGUUCCUCAACGGCGGCUGGUGGCACGAUGCGAACAUACUGGCAGCUACGGGCGAAGGCAUAGAGAAGGAAGAGCCGCGGGGCUGGAAGGGCUGGUGGAACGAACACAUCGUCACACUCGUUGAGACAUCCAUGGCCGAGAAAGAUGCGCUGACGGUGCUGCUGACCGGCCGAGCCGAGAGCAACUUUGCUGAUCUUGUAAAGCGCAUCGCGAAGAGUCGGCACCUGGAAUUCGACAUGGUGUGUCUGAAACCCGCGAUCGGACCUGCUGGGCAGAAAUUCCGGAGUACAAUGGAGUUCAAGCAAGAGCUGCUAAAGGACAUCGUAUAUACGUACAAGGACGCAGAGAAGCUGAGCAUUUAUGAAGACCGGGUAAAACAUACCAAGGGCUUCCGCGACUUCUUCUUCCAGUUCAACGAAGAACUGAUGCGCGCACGAACUCAGGCAUCGCGGAAACCAAUCACCACCGACGUAAUACAAGUUGCCGAAAACGCGACUCAGCUCGACCCUGUUGACGAGAUCGCAGAGAUCCAGAAGAUGAUUAAUGCACACAACAUACAGGUCAAAUCGGGCAAUGCGCCGGCGGGAACACCCCCUUACCAGAUCAAGAAGACCGUCUUCUAUACUGGAUAUAUGAUCCCCGCGACUAUGACUGAGAAGUUGACCUCGCUUGUCUCAUUACCACAUGGCACACCGCGUGACGACGUACGGUACCUCGCAAAUAGCAUUCUGAUUACACCAAAGCCCUGCCCGAAGAGCAUACUGGAUAAAGUAGGCGGCAUCGGUGCCAAGGUCAAAUGGAAAGUCACAGCCAUCUCCUGCUUUGAGAACAAGCUCUGGGCUGCACGCGUCGAGCCCGUCCCAAAAUCCACGAAAUACUACUCUGAGAACCCCGUACCGACGGUGGUACUAGCGAUACGCAAGAACGGUCGACCGGCAGACGCCGCGCGCAUAUCAAAUUGGCAUCCGGUACCACAAGACCAAGCUUUCGAAUUCGAGAGCGUGGUUGGCGAAAAGCAAAUGCUGCGGAUUGAAGAGGAGACGGCGAAUGAGAGCGAAUACGAGAGCUACUUCCCCAACAAGGCGAAUCGCAAAGAACGUCGAUCACACGAACCACACGACAGAAAUAGCGAUAGUCGACAGCACAACGGACGAUCUGGCGACAAUCGCGCGGCUAAUUACCGUGGAGGGAAUCAGAGUCGCGGACGUGGGGGAUACAGGAAUCCAUCGUAUGGAUCAAGAGGUGGACGGGGAGGUGGGCAUCGUGGAGAUCGAAGCGGUGGUGGUGGAAGAGGACGAGGGCGUGGCGGAGGACAGUCUCAGUACAGAAGUCUCGAUGAUGUGGACAGUGGGUAUGGGGGCAAAGGCAAUGAUAAUCCGGAUGCUUUUUACUAA